AUGGAGUUUAAUACAAAGCUGAGAGAGGAAUUUCCUUUCCUUUCAAGCCUUCUCUCUGAAUAUACCUUGAAUCCAGAGGGAGCUAAUGAGUUUUCCCCCGAAGAAGCUCUCUCUUCUAAGGGGCUUUUUCACAAUUUUCACCACCCCAUUACCAACUCUCCCCUUUUCGAUCAUUUUACCAUUGAAGGCUCCUCAAAGAAUCCAUUUUCUGGAAUUUCAGGAACAUGCAUCGAUCCCGCGGGCCUUGAUGCCUUGGCAACUGGCUUCUCUACUCAUGAUCUCAAUGCUUAUGCAUCCACACCUUUGUCGCCUGCAGAUUGUGGAGAUAGGCUAUUGCAUGGCUUACAAAGAAGACAGGUUUGGGAUUAUGAUUCUCAGAAAAUAUUUGAGGCUUACUCCUUGGAUAAAAAGGAGAUGAAUGGGCCACUCCAGUUUGAAGAAAUCGGAUCGAUGAGUACUGGUAAUAAUAAGGGAUCCACAGAUGAAGUCUCAUGUGUGAGUACUGAGGAUACUCAUGAUCAGUAUCAGAAGAAAGUUGAUCAUCAUAGAACGGCCAAAAAAUUGUUACUGAAAAAAGAUUCCAGAGUUCAUAAGCAAUCUCAACUUAUCAAAGGCCAAUGGACUCCUCAAGAAGACAGACUAUUAGUACACUUGGUGAAGCAGUAUGGAAUAAAGAAAUGGUCUCAAAUUGCUAAGAUGCUGGAGGGAAGAGUAGGAAAGCAGUGUAGAGAGAGAUGGCAUAACCAUUUGAGGCCAGACAUCAAGAAAGAUGCUUGGAGUGAAGAAGAAGAUGAGAUACUAAUCAAUGCCCACAAAGAAAUUGGAAAUAGAUGGGCUGAAAUUGCCAAGAGAUUACCUGGAAGGACAGAGAACACCAUAAAGAAUCACUGGAAUGCUACCAAGAGAAGGCAAUUUUCAAGGCGUAAAUCUGGCAAGGACUUGAAUUCUGAAAGCACCCUCUUGCAAAGCUACAUUAAGAUGGUGACUUCGUCCUCAUCAACUCCAGAAACUAAUGAGAAGGAAAAAACUGAUGACGUUAAUUCAAAUUCACCUAACCAGAACGAGAGCUCAGGUUCAUCCUCAGCAGACUUGGAAAUCCCGUCUAGAUAUGACCAUAACAAUGAGCCAUCCAAGUUAUCCUUUGACUCAAAUUUGUUUAAUGAUAGUUAUGGGUUUAUCUCCUUCCUUGAUCAUGAGAUGCCUUGCGGUUCUGUGGUUGAUGAGAGCAAUAUGGAGUUUGAGAUGUCAGAACUGGAUAGUUUGAUGAAGGGUGCUGAAUUGAAGAAGGAAAUGGAUUUGCUAGAGAUGAUCACCCAAGGAAUUAGUCGUUAA